UGAGGGGGCCCAGAGGAAGGGCAGCUCAGUGUGGGGAAGACAGGGGACGGUGCUAGAGGAUUGAUGCCUAAACUGAGUUAUGAUGAAUGGGUAGGAAUUUGCCAGAAAAGGAGAGGGGAAAGGGUACUCCAGGCAGGGGAAGAGCAUUGGCAAAGUCACAGACAUGUGAUGUGUUCUGGGAACUAUAAAUUCUAGCAACCAGAAUGUAGGGGCAAGGAAGGAAGAGGUGAGAGACCAGGCUGGAGAGGUAAGUAAGGGCUGGAUCGUGCAGGACUGGAAACUGACUUUCUCUGGAGGGCAGUGGGGAGAGCCAUUACAGGGUCUCCCUGACAAACCUGCAAUUUUCUGAAAAAGUCAGCCCUCUCCAUGCCUUUGUCAGGAAAGGCAGGAGGUCCAGGUUUAGGCUGUGUGGAAAGAGCCCCCUUGGAGGGGCCAGAGGAAAAACAGAGGUUUGGUGAGUGUCCAGGGAGAGAAGCCCUUUGCGGGGAGGUCGGGGAGAGGGAGGAACCCUCUCAGGCUGCCAUGAGAAGGGGCUCCCCAAUGCAGGCCAGACGCAAGGAGGGUCAGGAGUGCUGAGGCAAAUGUCACUUGUGCCUUUUUUUUUUUUUUCCCUCUAAACAAACUAAACAAAGCAGCUGCGCCCGGUGGCCCCUCAGGAAGGCCAGUCAUUUCCUGAGGAGAUAUGAGGCCGCCCGAGCAUUGUUCCUGGUUUCCAGCAUGGCCGCCAUUACCUGACCAGCGCCACGGCCGGUCUGUCCGCGGCGCCUGGAGAAGCUCCCAAAGGGGUCUCUGCUUUUCACGGGGCAGGUUUCUCACCUCUGUCACGUGGGAAGUGUCUUCUGCCUCCGGGGCAUGGCGCAAAAGCAGAAGUAGCCGCCCGAAGCCUUCGCUCACUCUCAGGAUGCGGCUGGGGUGGGCCCAGGACGGCACGAUGUGGCUCCGAGCCCUGCUGACACUUCUCCUCUGUUCAAGCCUUGAGGGUCAAGAAAACCCUUUCACCAUCAACAGCAUCCACAUGCUGAUCCUGCCGAAGCAGGAGGUGCAAAACGGGGAGAACCUGACGCUGCAGUGCGUCGUGGAUGUCAGCACCACCUCGAGCGUCAAGCCUCAGCACCAGGUGCUGUUCUAUAAGGAUGACGUGCUGUUUCACAACGCCUCCUCCAUGGAGAACACAGAGAGUUAUUUUAUUCCCCAAGCCCGGGUCUAUGACGCAGGGAUAUAUAAAUGCACUGUGAUCCUGAACAACAAGGAGAAAACGACUGCGGAGUACCCGGUGUUGGUGAGAGGAGUGUCCGAUCCCAGGGUGACGCUGGACAAGAAGGAGGUCAUAGAAGGCGGGGUCGUGAUGGUCAACUGCUCUGUCCCGGAGGAAAAGGCUCCAAUACAUUUCACAGUUGAAAAAUUUGAACUAAAUGUAAAAGGCGUCAAGCAAAAAAGAGAAAAAACUUCCCAGAACCAGAAUUUUGUGACGCUGAAAUUCACAGUUGAGGAGCAAGACCAGGCUAUUUGGUUCCAAUGUCAAGCCAGGAUCGUUUCCGGGACCCACGUGGAGCCCUCUAGAUCCAUCAGGAGUGAACUGGUCACCGUGAGGGAAUCCUUCUCUAAUCCCAAGUUCCACAUCAGCCCCAAGGGAACGAUCAUAGAAGGGGAUGAUCUCCACAUCAAGUGCACCAUUCAAGUGACGCACCUGGCCCAGUCGUUCCCGGAAAUCAUAAUCCAGAAGGACAAGGCGAUUGUAGCCCACAGCAGGCACGGCAACGAGGCCGUGUACUCAGUGAUGGCCACGGUGGAGCACAACGGCAACUACACGUGCAAGGUGGAAGCCAGCCGCAUAUCCAAGGUCAGCAGCAUCGUGGUCAACAUAACAGAGCUGUUUUCCAAGCCAAAGUUGGAAUCUUCCGCCACACGUCUGGAUCAGGGGGAACGCCUGAACCUGUGGUGCUCCAUCCCAGGAGCGCCUCCAGCCAACUUCACCAUCCAGAAGGGAGGCACGGUUGUGUCGCAGGCUCAAAAUUUCACUAAGAUAGCCUCAGAGUGGGACAGUGGGACAUACAGCUGUGUCGCGAGCAUCGGCAAGGUGGUCAAGAGCAGCAACGCGGUCCAGAUAGCUGUGUGUGCCCCGGUGGAUGAAGUCAAGCUCUCUAUCCUGUUGAAUGAGGAGGUGGAGUCUGGGAAGCCCAUUGUGCUUCGAUGCUCCGUGAAUGAAGGAUCCAGUCCCAUCACAUACAAGUUUUACAAAGAAAAGGAGGGCAAACCCUUCUACCAAGUCACCUUGAAUGACACCCAGGCCAUUUGGCACAAGCCAAAGGCUAGCAAGGAACAGGAGGGACAGUAUUACUGCACAGCCUCCAACAGAGCCAAUCUCUCCAAAAAUGUCCUCCAAAGCAACACCCUGACGGUCAGAGUCUAUCUUGCCCCCUGGAAGAAAGGACUUAUUGCAGUGGUUGUCAUUGGAGUGAUCAUUACCACCUUGAUACUUGGGGCCAGAUGCUAUUUUCUGAAGAAAGCCAAGGCCAAGCAGAUGCCGGUGGAGAUGUCCAGGCCAGCAGCACCACUUCUGAACUCCAACAAUGAGAAGACGUUGUCAGAUCCCAGUACUGAAGCCAACAGGCAUUAUGGUUACAAUGAAGAUGUUGGAAAUCAUGCAAUGAAGCCAUUAAAUGAAAAUAAAGAGCCUCUGACCUUGGACGUGGAGUACACUGAAGUGGAAGUGACCGCCCCUGAGCCUCACAGAGGUCUGGGAACAAAGGGCACGGAGACGGUGUACAGUGAAAUCCGGAAAGCUGACCCCGAGUUCGUGGAAAACAGAUAUUCUAGAACGGAAGGCUCCCUUGAUGGAACUUAGGACUCCGAGAGCACACGCUCCUCCCUGGGAGGACACCCACAUUCUGAGAAGAGCAGAUGAUUCCUGUAUUCCAAGAGUUUUGUGCACUUAUUUAUGAACCUGCCCUGCUCCCACCGAACGUGGCAAUUCCUCAGGCCAAGUCACCAGUUCUUAAAUCCACCUUAACUACAUUUCUGUUGGGUAUAAAGGGCUAACGGAGGGGCUGGUUAAUUUCCCACACGGCCCGCCUCCCACCAAGCCAGAGCAUCCUCAGGAGUGGAGAGAAGCAGCAGAAGGUUCAGAGUACACUGGCCACUGAGAUAUUUUUGAAACUUGAAUAUUUUGUCUUGUACAGAGAUCAAGAACUUUUCCAAGUCCCCUCAUACACAGAAACCAGUUUCUGUUUUGUAGUCAAUCUCUCCUAGCGAAUGGCCUGACUUGGGGGCUAGUUUUUCUCUUUGCCUUCGGUCCUUCAAGGGUCUGUGGUUCUGGGCAGUGUUCCUUGUUCCUUGGAAGUACACAGCAUGGAGCAGACAGCUGCACCCUGUCCCCUCUACCACCUCACCUGCCACAGAUGGGAAAACAGAGCUGCUUUGGGAGCAAAACCCCUCGGAGAUGCCAACUGGAACAUGAGGUUCAUUCUGUGCAAUGCGCCAAAUAGAAAAUGAAGUUGGACAGAGCACAGAUAUUCUUAAGCUGGUUUUCUAUCCCCUCUCUUUCUUUUCCUCUACCAUGCUGAAGGCCGAGGGACAGGAAGAUGGUUGCCUCCAGCAAAUAUUUUUUUUUACUAGAAAAAUGAAAUGCCUAUUUUUCUUACUAAUUUUUUGUUAUUUAUUCCUUGCUAAAGGAAUGGUCUCCCGAGGUCUUCACAUGUUUCUGAUGGUGCCCUGAGUGGGUGGAUGAGGGGCUGCGGCCAUUCUGCGGGGGGAUCGCACUAGUGAGACCACCUCCCUUGUCCUCCUCACUGACACAGCUGCAGGGAUCCUGAGGGGUGUUGUAUUAAAUAAAUUUCAUCUUUACUCUUCA